GGCCUUGGUGUUUUCUAUUUUACUUUUUUUCUUAAAAUAGUAUAUAUUUUUAGACAAAAAAGCGAACAUCUCGUCGUUUCCUUUUUAUCGCCUUCUGUACACUGCAGAUCCAUCUUCUUCAUCUCUCUUUCAACACAAAUUCAAACUUCAAACUAAACAAAUUUCCGCUAAUUUAUACUAAUUUCGUUUUCGUGCAAUUUUCUCGACUUUGAGAGAUAACUGAGCUUUUCUUUUUUUGGCUUGAUUUGUUUUUCAAGUACAUUGGGUUGUUUCUGAAAACCCGAUGGGUGCUUGUACUUCUAGACCCUCAAAUUAUUCCGGCGACAGUAAUGGCAACAGAGACACACUUCCGGUGAAAUCUACUCCGAACAAUAAUGAGGACGAUAACAGUCAUCAGCAGGAAAGGACGAAAAAGGACGAAGCUGAUGUAGGUAAAAAGUCACCUUUUUUCCCUUUCUACAGUCCUAGUCCGGCGCAUUAUUUGUUCUCCAAGAAAUCUCCGUUGAGAUCUCCGGCGAAUGCCAGCACUAAUUCUACUCCUCGAAGGUUUUUUAAACGGCCAUUUCCUCCGCCGUCUCCGGCGAAACACAUCCGUGCUGUGUUGGCUCGGCGACACGGCUCUGUGAAACCGAAUGAGUCUGCGAUUUCCGAAGUAAAUGAAACGGAGGUUGGCGGCGGUGGUGGAGGCGGGGCGGGGCUUGAUAAGAGUUUUGGAUUUUCGAAGAAUUUUGGGAACAAGUAUGAGCUGGGAGAGGAAGUUGGAAGAGGGCAUUUUGGAUAUACUUGUAAAGCUAAGUUCAGGAAAGGUGAAGUUAAAGGACAAGAAGUUGCUGUAAAAGUCAUCCCCAAAUCAAAGAUGACUACUGCAAUAGCCAUUGAGGAUGUGAGAAGAGAGGUGAAGAUAUUAAGAGCUUUGACAGGACAUAGCAAUUUAGUAAAAUUUUAUGAUUCAUAUGAAGACCACACCAAUGUCUACAUAGUCAUGGAGCUGUGUGAAGGAGGUGAGCUUUUGGAUAGAAUACUCUCUAGAGGUGGAAAGUACUCGGAGGAUGAUGCAAAGACUGUAAUGAUACAAAUACUGAAAGUUGUAGCAUUUUGCCACCUUCAAGGUGUGGUACACCGGGAUCUUAAGCCAGAGAAUUUUUUAUUCACGUCUAAAGAGGAAAAUGCACAACUUAAAGCAAUAGACUUUGGACUUUCUGAUUUUGUGAAGCCAGAUGAAAGACUUAAUGAUAUAGUUGGUAGUGCAUAUUAUGUUGCGCCCGAGGUUCUACAUAGAUCUUAUAGUACAGAGGCUGAUGUUUGGAGUAUAGGUGUCAUAGCAUAUAUCCUAUUGUGUGGAAGCCGUCCUUUUUGGGCUCGAACUGAAUCUGGGAUAUUUAGGUCUGUCCUCAAAGCUGAUCCAAGUUUUGAAGAACAGCCCUGGCCUACAUUAUCUUCUGAGGCGAAAGACUUUGUGAAACGUCUAUUGAAUAAGGAUCCCCGGAAAAGAAUGACUGCAGCUCAGGCUUUGGGUCAUCCAUGGAUAAAGAAUAGUCACAACAUAGAAGUGCCUUUGGAUAUUCUGAUAUUCAAACUGAUGAAGGCUUACAUGCGGUCCUCUGCUCUUAGGAAAGCUGCACUACGGGCUUUGUCAAAGACAUUGACAGUAGAUGAGCUAUUCUAUUUGAAGGAGCAGUUUGCACUGCUACAACCAAGCAAAAAUGGCACCAUAAGCUUUGACAAUGUUAAAACGGCCCUGAUGAAACAUGCAACAGAUGCAAUGAAAGAAGCUCGCAUCCAUGAUUUUCUUGCAUCGCUUAAUGCGCUGCAGUACAGGAGGAUGGAUUUUGAAGAAUUUUGUGCUGCUGCAUUAAGUGUUCAUCAGCUUGAGGCUUUUGAUCGUUGGGAACAACAUGCACGUUGUGCCUAUGAAAUCUUUGAGAAGGAAGGCAAUAGGGCCAUUAUGAUAGAAGAAUUAGCUUCGGAACUUGGUCUUAGCCCUUCGGUUCCUGUCCAUGCUGUUCUACAUGACUGGCUCAGGCACACUGACGGAAAGCUCAGUUUUCUUGGUUUUGCAAAGUUGUUGCAUGGAGUGUCUAGCCGUUCAAUUGCAAAAGUUCAAUGAUUCAAGCCCCACUGAAUCAGAAAAUGAUUCUCUUGGUGUAUCUACAUUCUUGUCAUGAAUACAUUGUUUGGCAGUCAAAUGAGCUAGGGAGUGACGAAUGACGAAGAUCAAUUUAUGCCCCUCAUUCUGGAGCUUCAUAGAUCUCUUUAUUUUCUCAGGGACUAGUAUGAGAUUCCACGGAACAACAUUCCUGUAGAGGAUGAGAGGUUUGACCGCCGUGUGUUAUCAGAGCAGUGACAUCCUGCAUAUAGAGUUCUUACUGUAAAGCUGUAGUUAGUUAUGUUUGAUUGCAGGUGAGAGUACUUCUCAGCUGGUUUUUGGUCACAUACUAGGUGUUUUAACUUGUUGCACAUGCGCUGAUGUCUACAAUUGCAUUGUGUAAUGUUGUCUGCAUGUUUUUAUAGUUAAGAAGUUCCACCACUU